AUGCCUAUCCCCACACACUUUACCCUCAACACAGGCGCGCAGAUACCAGCUGUGGGCUUCGGCACAUGGCAAGCGAAGCCAGGAGAGGUCGAGCGCGCUGUGGAGACGGCACUCAAGGCAGGCUACCGCCACAUUGAUUGUGCUGCCAUCUAUCGCAAUGAAGCUGAAGUAGGCGACGGCAUAAGGAGGAGUGGUGUCCCUCGCUCCGAAAUAUUCCUUACCGGCAAGCUAUGGAACACCAAACAUGCACCGGAAGACGUUGAAGCAGCUCUCGAUAAGUCGCUUCAGGAUUUAGGCGUCGAAUAUCUCGAUCUGUUCCUGAUGCAUUGGCCCGUUGCCUUCAAUGGUGCUACGGGCAAGUGGUUCCCACUGCGUGAGAACGGUGUGUUUGACCUCGUUGACAUCGAUCCUGCGACAACAUAUAAAGCCAUGGAGAAGCUGCUUGACACUGGCAAGGUUCGCGCCAUUGGCGUAUCCAACUUCACCGUCAACCGCCUCAACGAUCUUCUCUCCAAGACUGAUGUCGUACCGGCGGUAAACCAGGUUGAAGCGCAUCCAUACCUUCAACAGCCUCCCCUCUUCGAUUUUUGCAAGAGCAAAGGUAUUCUCAUUGAAGCCUACUCACCCCUUGGAAACAACCAAACCGGCGAGCCGCGAACUGUUGACGACGAGCUUGAUCAAAGCAACAUGCAGGUCAAGGAACUGCCCAAGGAUGCUUUCGAUGAGUUGAGCGGGCUGGAGAGGCACAAGCGGUUCAACGUGCAGUCCCGAUGGGGGUUCGAUAUCUUCGAAGAAUUAGGCCAGGAGCAGGUGCGGAAGAUCGCGGAAGAAUGCGCCGAGGAGAACAAAACGAAAUUUACGGUAUAG